GAAGAAUCGACUCAUAACCGUACGCGCGUACAGUUAGUCCCAGUAAGCAUGCGCACACUUAUUCUUGCAUUAGCCGUAGCGGCAAGCAUAUCAAAUGUGCUGGGCCAAAUAUUCGAAGAAGAGCGUUUCACUUGUAGAACUGAGCUCAUGCACAAUGGUGCCUGUGAUCAUCACAACAAUGUCCUGGAAUGCGGUUUCGAUGGUGGUGAUUGCUGCUUGGCAACGUGUGACUGCACCUCAAAUGAAGAAUACGUAUGCUUACCUGGGUGCCAUUGUAAUAACUUGGAUUCUGCGGCGUGCGGAAGCCCCGUAUGGACCGAGGCUGAUUGCAAAGACCCCAACAUUGGCAAGCCGAAUGCCGAACAUUUGGUGGCUAUUUGGACAGGUAACGGUUAUAAUCAUCAACGUGAGACACAGAUUCGAAUCACUUUCAACUUUUUAGACGGUAAGAAAAUCCAAGUUACUGGAGGUUGGGAUACUUCAGCACCCGGACGACAGUCUGAGCGUUCACUGAAUCUUGAGCAUAAAGCUAUUGAAAGUGUCACUGUCACGCUAUUGGACGAUUAUACCGAUGGCUGGUUCAUGCACUCGGGAGUGCGUAUAACUUUGCCCGAGUCGGGUCGUGUGAUGUAUUUCCCUUACCAGGGCUGGCUGAACAGCGAUCUGCCUGAGGUGGAGAUUGGUGUUGGCCCAUCUGAUAUGGUGGACUACCAGAUUACUUUGUGGACAGGAAACAAUUAUCUGGGAGACCGCAGAGAGCCCUUGUACCUGAUCUUGUACGGAGAGGGACCCGAAAUCGGUAUUCUGGGAGAGAAUACUACCCGUAUCGAGCUGAAUGGAUACUUUUCCCUCUCAAGUAAACUGUCCUUCACUGUCUUCGCCAACGAGGUUGGCGACGUUUCUCAUCUUGACAUCAUUGCCCCUGGAGAGGACGCCUGGUUUAUGCAAGCUGGUAUCCUCAUUACCCAUCACUCUGUUGAAUUUGGCGUACGUUCUAAGUAUAUGCCUGCCAAUGGUUGGGUAUCAUCCUCAACCAAUUCCGCAGAUGAUUGUACUGUAAGUGCUGACGGCGAGGGUGUCAAGCGUGUUGUUUCCGGAAGUGGAAACAUUGUCGAAUACCUCGUGGAUAUUGCCCUCAGCGACGCGGCGGAUGCCGGUAGAGAGGGACCUGUAAGCAUUCAAUUCUAUGACAAAACCGACUACUACUCGCGAGCGGCCGAAUUGGGUUCACGCUUCCCCAAGGAUGGACACGUAAAAGUAACAGUCUUUGCACAGAAAAUCCAGGUGGCGAAGAUCAGAUUGCAAUUCGGAGAAGAAUCAGAUGAUCCUAUGCUGGUAGAUUCGAUCACUGUCACCAGACCCGAUCUGCCAUUGCAAGAUCCAAUUCAAUUUACUAUCGGUGAGUGGAUGACCGGUGGCGAGAGUGAUCAAACCUUCACGCGUGUUGAUUUCGAGCAGAUUCCCUCUGAUAUUGAGAUGGCCGAUCUAGAUUUCGAUACAAUUCAGUUCCUGAACAAUUUCCGAGCGUAUGAGGUCGAUAUCCAAGGUGAUGAUCUGGAGUGUGCUCUGGAAGAGAGUUGUCUACUGCCCAUUGGUGAGCGUGUGAUGGGCGAGACCAUGGGAGAUGAACGAAUAAUCAUUCGUUUCGAGACCACCACUUGGAACGUAGGAAACGACGUCUUCUACCCCCCACCUGAAGGAGAGUUCGUCUGGCACGCGUGCCACAAUCACUACCACGGCAUGACUGGCUAUGCCACUUACUACAUCACCACCGCAGGUUCUUUCUCCAACAUUAUCCUGCGCGGACACAAGGCUAGCCAUUGUGUAAUGGACUCCACGUGCGAGCGUUCUGGAAAUGAUAUGCAGCACAGAUGUACCAACCAGGGCAUUGCUGUGGGAUGUGCUGACACCUAUUCGCGUGGAUUGGAUUGCCAAUGGGUCGAUGUUACGCCGCUGCCAGCGGGAUGGUACGUGAUGAACGUCAAUAUUAACCUCGACAAGCGCGUACGUGAAUACUCGUACUUCAACAAUGAUGGGCACAUUCUCUUCCAGUGGGAUCCCAGCCAGCCCAAGAACGACAUGAUCGUUCAAGCCUGUCUCAUCAUCGACGAAAGCUUGACCGAGUGUCCGCCUGAUACCCCACAAUUCGAUCAAAUGCGUCCUGGUACUGACGGAGGUAACGGUGGAACUAUCGAGCCAGAAAAACGUUUCUACGCAGACGUGGAUAAUGGUCGCUGGUAGUUCAUGACUUUGGCACAUACGUAUUGGUAUGCCGAUCCAUAUUCAAGCUCAAUAUUAAUUCAUAUGUGGAACACAUAUAAUGCUUCAAAAUGUACUACGGCGAACAAUCUGUACCGACACUGGCGGAGGCCAGAAUAUUCAAGCAUGCUAGCACACCUUCAACCAUCAGAAAAUUAUACACGUUUUAUAAUAUUCAAAUAAAUAAAUAAUAUCAAAUCAAAAUAUUG